GCCUCUGGGUUCUUAGAAACAUUAGGGUUAGAAGCGCCUUCAGUAUUAAUCAUGGCCUCCGAGGAUAUUCUUCAAGCUCCAGCGUGCUGCUCUGCUCGUUACAACUUAGCAAUAUUGUCCUUUUUGGGUUUCUUCGUUCUCUAUGUCUUACGUGUGAACCUGAGUGUCGCGUUGGUGGAAAUGGUAGAUUCAAAUACAACUGUAGCAGACAAUAGAACUUCCAAGGAAUGUGCAGACCAUUCAAGUCUUGUGAAAGUUCCUCGUAAUCAAACGGGCAAAAGGUACCCAUGGGAUGCAGAAACUCAAGGAUGGAUUCUCGGUGCUUUUUUCUAUGGCUACAUCAUCACACAGAUUCCUGGAGGCUAUUUUGCGAGCAAAGUAGGGGGAAAGCUGCUGCUAGGAUACGGGAUCCUCGGUACCUCUCUCUUCACGCUGCUGACGCCCCUUGCUGCGGACCUAGGAGCCGUGUCACUCAUCGUGCUCAGAGCACUGGAAGGUCUAGGGGAGGGUGUUACCUUUCCCGCCAUGCACGCCAUGUGGUCUUCUUGGGCGCCCCCUCUCGAAAGAAGCAAGCUUCUCAGCAUCUCGUACGCAGGAGCACAGCUUGGAACAGUGAUUUCACUUCCUCUUUCUGGAAUAAUUUGCUACUAUAUGAAUUGGACUUAUGUCUUCUAUUUUUUUGGUAUACUUGGAAUAUUGUGGUUUAUUUUGUGGACCUGGAGAGUUAGUGAUACACCAGAAACACACAAGACAAUCUCCAGUUAUGAAAAGGAAUACAUCGCUUCAUCAUUAAAAAGUCAGCUCUCUUCGCGGAAGUCAGUGCCGUGGAUUCCCAUUUUGAAAUCACUGCCGCUCUGGGCUGUCGUCGUGGCACAUUUUUCUUACAAUUGGACUUUUUAUACCUUACUGACCUUGCUGCCUACUUACAUGAAGGAGAUCCUGAGGUUCAAUGUCCAAGAGAACGGAUUUCUGUCUGCGCUGCCCUACUUUGGCAGUUGGCUAUGCAUGAUCCUGUCCGGUCAGGCCGCCGACAGCUUAAGGGCAAAGUGGAAUUGUUCGACUCUCUGUGUUCGCAGGACUUUCACACUUAUAGGGAUGAUUGGACCCGCGGUCUUCCUGGUGGCUGCUGGGUUCAUAGGCUGCGACUCUUCUUUGGCUGUCGCCUUCCUGACCAUAUCAACAACCCUGGGAGGCCUGUGCUCUUCCGGCUUUAGCAUCAACCAUCUGGACAUUGCACCUUCGUACGCCGGGGUCCUGCUGGGCAUCACCAACACGUUCGCCACCAUCCCGGGCAUGGUCGGGCCCGUCAUUGCCAAGAGUCUGACCCCUCACCACACCAUUAGCGAAUGGCAAACUGUUUUCUAUAUCGCUGCUGCUAUCAAUGUAUUUGGGGCCAUUUUCUUCACACUGUUCGCCAAAGGCGACGUGCAGACCUGGGCCGUCGGCGAUCACCACGGACACAGAAACUGAGGACGCCGAUAAACAUUGUCUCCCUUGUUCCGUAUCAUGUAACCUGAGUGCCUUCGGGUUCUAAUGUGUAAGGAUUCUGUGUGCAAACCGGAGCCUGUAUUAAAUUUGUAAGGCCCGUAAUCAUGACAUGUCACUGUUGCCGGACUGGUAAAGUGAGCUCUUUUCAAUUACUAAUUUCCGCUGGGCCUGGACCUUAUGCUUUUGGCUCCACGCCUGCUCGAAAGCCAGGCUACAUGGGCAGGGCGUUCUGGGUUUUAAGGACCCGGUUCCUUGGCUCAGUGAAGCGCAGGGCUGAUUCGGUCUUGGCGAACCCCUGCUCCGCCUCCUUUCCUCGCAUGGCUCUGUUACGGCCUCACCGCCGGUGCUGUCCCCACUCUCUGACCCAGACCCGGACCUCAGGCAGCGCUGGCGCCACCUGCAUCUGUGGUCUUUGCUCUCCCGGGGCCGCAGUGAGGGCCCGGAGGCUGCAGGAGCCGAGCUGACCCUGCCCCAGGCGGACACCCAGACCCCAGGUUCUUCCUCAGGAGGACCGGCCGGACCCGAGGGUGUAGUGCCAACUUCUGCCUUUUCAUCCGCAUCAGAAUUAGAAAAACAAAACAUGUAAGUCCGGCUUUUUCUUUACUCUACCUCCCUGAGGCUCCCGGCACAGCCCAGCUCCAGCCUGGCCUUGAAGGGCUCCGGGCUCAGCCCCCCGCGCUGCAGAAAGGAACUGAGGUCCAGGUGGCUCUGAGGCCGGUAAAUCAUCUUCAUUUUGAUUUCUGAAAUCGUAUUUUUGCAGCUUUUUUCCUGACUCCUCUGUGGUGUUUCCUUUUGUUUGUACCCGGGAUUGAACUCAGGACCUUGUGUUUGAGGCAGGCACGGUGCCACUGAGCUAAGUCCCCGGUCCUCCUCUGUUUGUUGGUCGUACUUGAGGGGUAUAAAUGGACUCCAAACUUGGUUUACGCUUUAUUGUAUUUGUUCCACACUCCCUGUAACAUUUUAAUUAAUUAAAACUUUAAUGUAAUGCCAUGAGAAUAUUUAUGUAAAUUUAUUUUAAAAAUCUGUAUCAACUGCUUCAAGUUGCUAUGAUGAUAUUUGGUAAAUCAGUAAACCUUUGUGGAUUGACCUCGGUCCGGCGGUUCUGUGGUACUUUCCAGUGCCCCGCGGUGACAGCUCUGCCUCCAUCCCGAUCCACCCACUUCCCGGGUACUUUCUGGGCCCGUCCAGCCCAAGAGCCUUCCUCAGUGACCUCUCCACGGCUUGAACCGCCCUCCUUUGCUUUCUGUCUCAAAGAUACACAAGUCUUCUUCGGCCUUUAAGCAAAAUACAAGUCUCCUGGGGGACGCAAAACCCAUCUAUCCAGAAAACGCGCAGAACGAGAACCUGGAAACCGCGGUUCCCCCCAGAGAAAGCCCGUCCCAGGAGGAAAGGAGCGCGUUUCCACUUAGAAUGCGGCGAGUGCGUUUCCAGUCCCAGACCCCUGCCUGUUGCUCAAGCUGCUGUGUGCCCGCUCCGCCUCCGCCACUGUCACGGAGCCGGCUGUCCCUGCGACCCUCCUUUCUCCUUGCAGAAGCACCACUUCCUGGCCCCUCGGGCUCUUCCCUCUUCCUGACCAACUCCUGUCUGUCCCUGCCACGCUUCGGGUUCUUGGAUCUUUAUUCGUCCCUCUAAAUAAAAACCCUUGGCUGUGGCUCCCGCCUGGGGAGGGAAGCAAUGUCCUCCCGGCAGCCCACCCUCGCUGAGGAGACGUCUCCCCCAGUCCCCUCCCAAGCUGUAUCGCUGACCUGACCUCCAGCGCCGGGGCUGUUAGGAGGAAGGGAUCUUUCCCUCACUCCACGAACAGAAAGCACCUGCUCCCCCAGACCGUACGGAAGCCGGGACGCCUUCAGCAGGCCCUCUCCUGCCGAGGCUCCGGACACGUCUGCGUCUCCCCGUUGUUCUCCGCGCAUCUUUCGGCAGGAUCCACGGAGUCAUCUCAGCCUGGUCUCGCUCACCACGCGUGCUUAGUGCACUGCAGCUGCAUAAUAAAUACUUGGCCAAUU